AAGACAGGCGGGGCCACUGAAGAUGGACUGUGGUCGAAUCAGGUUGGCGCGCACACACACACUCACACACACACACACACACACAGCCACACCUUCAGACGCAGCCCACACUGCACUCUGAGCCCUCAGGAUGCCUUGCUCUAAGCUGCUCUCCUUCCUGAAGAGUCUGUCUCGGGUGAAGCCGUUGGAGCCGGAUGAUGAGAGCUCUGAAUUCCGCCGCUGCUUGACCACGCUGGACCUGGUGGCACUGGGAGUGGGCAGCACGCUGGGUGCUGGCGUCUACGUGCUCUCGGGUGAGGUGGCGCGCACCGUGUCUGGCCCCAGCAUCAUCAUCUCCUUCUUCAUCGCCGCUGUGGCGUCCGUGUUCGCCGGUCUGUGUUACGCCGAGUUCGGCGCCCGUGUGCCCAAAACAGGUUCUGCGUAUCUGUACAGCUACGUGACUGUGGGUGAAGUCUGGGCCUUCAUUACAGGAUGGAACCUGCUGCUGUCUUACGUCAUAGGGACGUCCAGCGUCGCCCGAGCUUGGAGCGGAACGUUUGAUGACCUCAUCGGGAACGUCAUCGCUACCUACCUGAGAGAGAACGUAGCCAUGGACUUACCUGGACUCGCUCCUUACCCAGACUUCUUUGCAGCAGCACUCAUUAUGCUUCUGGCAGGUAUCCUCGCUUUUGGAGUGAAGGAGUCAGCGAUUGUCAACAAGAUCUUCACUGCCGUAAACGUUCUGGUGCUGCUGUUCGUCAUCAUUUCUGGAUUUAUUAAAGGUGACCUUAAAAACUGGAAGCUGACUGAGGAGGAUAUCUUCAAUUUCACCACAUCUACAAACCCAAACAGCACCACGGACAUGUCGAAUUUGGGCACUGGAGGAUUUUUCCCUUUCGGCUUUGAAGGAACGUUGGCCGGAGCUGCGACCUGCUUCUACGCUUUUGUAGGAUUCGAUUGUAUCGCCACGACAGGUGAGGAGGUUCGUGACCCUCAGAAGUCCAUCCCUGUGGGUAUCGUGGCGUCGCUCCUGAUCUGUUUUCUGGCUUAUUUUGGUGUUUCUGCCACUCUCACACUCAUGAUGCCGUACUACCAGCUGAGUAUCCAGAGCCCGCUCCCUGUGGCCUUCACACACGUGGGCUGGGAACCGGCGAAGUACGUUGUGGCCGUCGGGUCUCUGUGUGCACUCUCUACUAGUUUGUUGGGUUCGAUGUUCCCGAUGCCGCGUGUCCUGUUUGCCAUGGCGCGAGACGGACUCCUCUUCAAACCCCUGAGUAGAAUGAGCUCCAGACAGAGUCCCGUCAUCGCCACGCUCUCAUCAGGACUCGUGGCAGCCAUCAUGGCGCUUGUGUUCGACCUAAAAGCUCUGGUGGACAUGAUGUCCAUCGGCACUCUGUUUGCCUACACGCUGGUGGCCAUCUGCAUCCUCAUCCUCAGAUACCAAGCAGAUUCAGACAAGAUGAGUGAGAAGAAAUGGAGUUUAAUACGACCGCCAUCUUCACCUACAGCCACCAGCUCUAAAGUCAUCUCCAUACUGACCAUCAUCAUCCUUGUGGUGGUAGUAGCUCUCAGUGUGAUUCUGACGAAGGGGGUGGAGUCAGGCCAGGUGGAAACAUGGUGGAUGAUUUUGAUCAUCUGCGUACUCGCGUUGUUUUUACUCACUGCUGUAGUCAUCAUCUGGAGACAACCACAGAGCAGCAGCAAGGCUGCCUUCAUGGUUCCUCUGGUGCCGGCGCUUCCCAUUCUCAGUGUUUUUGUCAACAUUUAUCUGAUGGUUCAGCUGGGAGGAGAGACGUGGAUCCGGUACGCAGUGUGGAUGGCGAUAGGGCUGCUGAUCUAUUUUGGCUACGGUGUUUGGCACAGCGUCCAGAAGAAACGAGACGAAUCUCCUCAUCACAUUGAGCCCAAUACCAUCUGUGCCCAGGUGGAGGAAGCCAAGAAAGACAAUGUUUCUCUGCGACAAAGCAAACUCUAAAGUUUUCCCAGAUCUCCACCCAAGCUUUAUUAAUACUUAUUAACUCAUGUUAUGCUGUAUUUCUUUUCAAUUCCCUGUCUUCCUGUCCUGUCCCCCCUUGUCAUAUUGUAUGUAUUGUAUGUAUGGACAGGUUGAUGGCUAAUUUCUCUGGUAUCUGUUACCAGUGACAAUAAAGGCUACUACUACUGAUCCAAAAUAAACAUAUAUAUCAUUAUACAAUAAACAGAUACUGUAUAUUGUCUUUUACAAGACAGAAAAGAAAUGUUCUAAAGACUUGAAGGAGUCAUCCAAAAAAGUCCUUAUGCAUAUUAUAUACAUAACACUUUUAUAGACUGUGUAUUUACGAUGCCAUAUUCUGUAAAGUAAUUUAAUUUUUCAGCUGCUGAAAUGCUGACUAAAGUACUGAAUGUGGCCAUAUUUGAUUAUUAGUUCUCGUUUAUGAUAAUAUGUAAAUAGGUUUAUUUACUUUUCAGCUCUUUUCAGGAAGACAAUGUUAAACAUUUACCUGAGAUAUAUAAUCAUUCAAGGUCAUGUAUUUUAAUAUUCUUUUAUUGUAACACUAAUAAAAUUCAUAUUUUUCUUCA